AAAAGUUUCUUUCUACCCCAGUCAUCAGGUGGAAAGGUUUUCCCUGCUCGUCCCGUUUCCCUCUCAUCGCCCAGUCCGGGGCGACGAAGCGCCAUUAGGUUUUGGAGGAAGUUUAUAUCCUUCCUCUACUAUCGGUCAGAGGUUGAGUCGGAUCCAUCCUUAUGCGUUAUCCUGCUAGCUUCUUGUGAUUUGAGUAAUGGAUGCUCUCAGGAAGCAGGCCACAAAGCUCCGCGAACAGGUCGCCAAACAGCAACAGGCUGUUUUUAAGCAGUUUGGAGGUGGAGGAUAUGGAGGAUCAGAUAAUGUGAUUACAGAUGAGGCCGAACUUCAACAACAUCAGAAACUUGAGAAGCUUUACAUUUCUACCCGUGCGGGCAAGCAUUUUCAAAGAGAUAUUGUUCGCGGUGUGGAAGGUUUCAUUGUUACAGGAUCUAAACAAGUAGAGAUUGGCACUAAAUUGUCCGAAGAUAGUCGAAAAUAUGGCAAUGAGAAUUCUUGUACCAGUGGUGGGACAUUAGCGAAAGCUGCUUUAAGUUAUGCAAGAGGUCGUGCUCAAAUAGAAAAAGAACGUGGGAAUCUUCACAAGGCCUUGGGCACUCAGGUUGCGGAGCCAUUGAGAGCAAUGGUAUUGGGAGCUCCACUAGAGGAUGCUCGACAUCUUGCUCAACGCUAUGACAGAAUGCGUCAGGAAGCUGAGGCCCAGGCUAUUGAAGUAUCUAAGCGCCAAAUGAAAGUGAGGGAAGGCACAGGAAAUGUGGAUAAUAGUGCAAAGCUAGAUGCAGCAGAAGCAAAGCUGCAUGAACUUAAGUCAAAUAUGGCAGUUUUGGGUAAAGAAGCUGCAGCUGCAAUGGCUGCUGUUGAAGCCCAACAGCAAAGGUUAACUCUCCAACGUCUUAUUGCAAUGGUUGAGUCAGAGCGCACUUUUCAUCAAAGAGUUCUUCAAAUCCUUGAUCAGCUUGAAGGAGACAUGGCAUCCGAACGCCACAGGAUUGAAGCUUCUCCUAACCCAGUUCUGGAUAAUCCGCCACCUCCAUCAUAUGAAGAGGCCAACGGCUUGUUUACUUCCCAAAGCCCAAAUUAUGAUGUGCCAAGUGACAGUUCUUCCUACUUCUUAGGCGAGGUUAUGCAUCCUUAUCGUGCUGAGUCAGAUGUAGAGCUGAGUUUGUCAGUUGGUGACUAUGUCGUUGUUCGUAAGGUCACUCGUACUGGCUGGGCAGAGGGGGAAUGCAAGGGGAAGGCUGGUUGGUUCCCAUCUGACUAUGUGGAAAGACGUGAGCGUGUUCUUGCAAACAAGGUGGCUGAAGUGUUUUGAACAUUCCCACUUUGUUAAAAGAGUUGCAGUGUUGUUGUAUAGUGGUGAAGGAUUUUGCAUUCCAUGUUUGCACAAGGAGAAUAUGCUUUCACUUGGCACCGAAAAGUGAACUGGAGGCCUUCACUGUGGUAUCACAUUCUUUGGAAGUUUGAGAGUUCCUUUGGCGAUCCAUGUCGUGCUCAUUGCAUCUCAAUCGCUGCAUACAAUAUCUAUUAUGUAUUAUUUGUGGAGAUACGAAUUGCCUUGAUUUGUUCACUUGUGUCUUCUAUAUGACCUUGAUUAUCGAAUGAAAGGGACUGAAUGGAGUGACAGGUCUUUAUUUUCUGACACUCGUGCUUCAUCGUUUA